AUGACGACGGCGACGGGGAACGAUUUUGACGACGAAGACGAAUAUGAUGCGACGACGAUAGGAAACGUCGAUGACGACGUCGAAGACGACGAGGGCGAUGGACGGACAACGGACGGCGGCAAUAUCAACCAUGACGAGGACAACGUUAGCCAGAGAGUGCCACGAGAGACCCACAAGAGAGCCAGAGAGAGCAAGAACCAAGAGCCAAAGCCUGAGAGCCGCGAGAGAGCCAGAGAGUGCCACGAGAGACCCACAAGAGAGCCAGAGAGAGCACGAAACCAAGAGCCAGAGCCUGAGACCCACAAGAGAGCCAGAGAGUGCCACGAGAGACCCACAAGAGAGCCAGAGAGAGCACGAACCAAGAGCCAGAGCCUGAGACCACAAGAGCCAGAAAGUGCCACGAGAGACCCACAAGAGCCAGAGAGGGCAAGAAACCAAGAGCCAAAGCCUGAGAGCCACGAGAGAGCCAGAGAGUGCUACGAGCGACCCACAAGAGCCAGAGAGGGCAAGAAACCCAAGAGCCAAAGCCUGAGAGCCACGAGAGAGCCAGAGAGUGCUACGAGCGACCCACAAGAGAGCCAGAGAGAGCAAAAAACCAAGAGCCAGAGCCUGAGAGCCGCGAGAGAGCCAGACAGUGCCACGAGAGUGCCAGGGGCGACGCAAGUGGGGCCCACACGUGUUCCUCAAGAGCCCCACGCAAUAAAAGACCCAACACAUGUUUAUACCUCAUGA